CCCAAUCCCGUGUUGCAGAGCUUUCCAAAAAAGCUGAAAGUGCUUCUUAUUUACAGGUUUCCUCUUACACGACCCGAUCUUUGCAAGAAAUGGGAAGCUGCUGUUAAAAGGAAAAACUUCAAGCCAACCAAGUAUAGCAGCAUUUGCUCAGAACACUUUACUCCCGAUUGCUUUAAAAGGGAAUGCAACAACAAGCUUCUGAAAGAAAAUGCCGUGCCCACAAUAUUUUGUUAUACUGAACCCAGUGAAAAGCCUGAAGAAUUUGCAGAACAGCCGGAAGAUUCACUACCACCUCCUCCAUUGCCACCACCACCACCACCACCACCACCACCACCAGCUCCAGUACUACCGCCAUCUCCAUCAACUCCUUCUUUUCAUUUGUCUCAAAUAGAUGCCAGAUUUGUAGAUCCAAGUAUUGGAUUAUUGAUGCCUCCUCUCCAGACCCCUAGCAAUCUUGCUGUUUUUUGUGAUCACAACUAUACUGUAGAGGAUACAGUUCAUCAGCGAAAAAGAAUUCAGCAGCUGGAGGAACAAGUUGAAAAACUACGGAAGAAGCUCAAGACAGCGCAACAGCGAUGUCGGCGUCAGGAAAGACAAAUUGAAAAACUGAGAGAGAUUGUUCAGUUUCAGAAAGAAAAAGACAUAUUGGCAGGAAAAGGCUAUGUAAUUCUGCCCAAUGACUAUAUUGAAGUUGUAGAAGUACCUGCCUAGAAGUCAUGAACAUCAGUUUUCACUUUGCUAGGCCAAGAAAUUUAGUUUAAAAACUAAAUGCUCUCUAAUUCUGUGUGUAAGACUUUCCAGAAUUCUAAACCAGUAGAUAACCAGUCAUGCAAAUGGGAUCACAUUUUUCUUUGUUGUCAUUUCGGUUUGAUACACUUUUAAUAUAUUGAAAAUGCAAGCAUCUCAGAAUUAGAAUAUGCAUUUAGUUUACAAAAUCUGAAUUGCUUUACAGAAGGAAAGGAUGCAAGGUUGAAUACAUUUAAAAUCUGGGGGGGGUUUGGUUGUUCUUUUUUUUUUUUACAAUGGCUGUCUUAUGCUUACAGGGUAUGGGGAGCUGAAUCUGGCUGAGAGUGAAGUUGAGGUUGUUUUACACUUAGUGCAAAGCUUUGUCAAGGCAUUUAAUGUUGGCUUUGGUGAUCCCUAGGAAGUAGUUUUCAUUGCUUUCAGAAGGAGCAGAAUUAGGCCAGCUAAGAACACCUGCAAGUGCUGCAGAAACAUAGAGAAAUAUAACAUACACAUUUCAGCAUGACAGAACUCCAACCUGUUUGCUCUGCCUUCAAAGCACUGCAAAAAGUCUAAUUCCUUUGGUAAAGUACGUAAAUUAACCUCUUCUUUUGGAGUAACCUUUCACCGCAUUUGUGUUGUGAGGGAGAUGGGAAGAAUUAUUUAGCAUAGCUGGCAAGAGCUGUAGAAGAGGCUUUUCAUUUGAGGGCACUUAGAAAUAUUCUUGGAAGUGCAGUGCUGCAGUGAACAUACAUAUUAUUGGACUGUUGGCAGUAUCAAGAAGGCACUAUACUGUUCAGGGUACUGCUUCUCACAAGUACUCUGAUAACAUACAGUCCACAGUAUGUUGGAGUGCAGUGUUCCCAUAAACAAUGUAACUGGUAGAAUGUUGUCCUCAUCUUUGAAACUCUUGGUCUUAACUCACAUCUCAACUGUAGUUUUUUAACUUAUCCAGUGUGUCAGGCAUUUGUGACUUUCAUUGCAGUAUGCUGUGAUUUUCUUUCUUUCUGUUUGUUGGUUUGUUUUUUUUUUUUAUCUGCUCCUUAAAAGACAUCUGCCAAAGGGCGAUUGCAGAAUUAGACUUUGGGAGCUGCUUGGUGCUAGACUGGUUUUAAUAUCUCAAAUGCUGCUGCCUCUAUUUCAGCCUUAUUAAGACUCUUUCUAAAAAUAAUUUAGCAUGACGAAGUAGUGCAGCAGUUUGCACUUACAGUCUAAUAAUUUGCUUAAUCAAUGAACUCUUUCAAAACAAGAGAAAAUGGCAUCAUGCUAACUAACCCUAUUGUAGCCUUCACAGCUGAAAUUCCUGAAUAUAUUAGACAUGAGGAAAAUUACUUUUCUCAGUCCAUGGCAAACUUGUUUGUGGUGUGGAUUCUAGCUCUUGAUAUUAAUCAAGCCCUGUUCAUGAUGUCUUUAAAAGCUUCCCUGUUAGCAUGACAUUCUGAAAUGUUUUGAACCAGUCUUGAUACUUCUGACCUCACUCAUGCCAUGUAUCUAGUUUUCCUACCGUUUCAUAUACUUAAGAUGAACAAAAAUGCUGAUGCAUCCUUUUGUGUACAUUUAUUAUACCUGAUUAAAAAUGAAAAGCA